AUGACCAAGCCCGAGUCGAAGAAAGGCGGUGUGACCGCGGCAAACGCCCCCAGCAAGAGCACCGCAUCCGCCGCGGAGCAGGUCAAUAACAACGGCUCCAUCGAACCGGGCUGUCAGGACCAGAGCACCCCGAUCAAAGCCAAGGUGAUGAAGCAGACCUCCAGGGAGAGUCUGCACCGGAGAAACACGGAGUGUGAAGUCUACGACGAUGGGACCAACACCUUUUUCUGGCGAGCUCACACUGUGACGGUGUUGUUCAUUCUGACCUGCGCUUUAGUCUACGUCACGCUACUGGAAGAAACCCCUCAGGACACGACCUACAACACUAAAAGGGGGAUUGUCGCCAGUAUCCUGGUGUUUCUCUGUUUUGGUGUGACACAAGCCAAAGAUGGACCUUUCACCAGACCACAUCCAGCUUACUGGCGGUUCUGGCUUUGUGUGACUGUUGUUUAUGAGCUGUUCCUCAUCUUCAUCCUGUUUCAGACAGUGCACGAUGGACGACAGUUCAUGAAAUACAUCGACCCUAAGCUUGGGGUCCCCCUCCCUGAGCGUGACUAUGGAGGAAACUGCCUCAUUUACGACCCAGGAAAUGUCACUGAUCCUUUCCACAACAUCUGGGACAAGAUGGACGGAUUUGUCCCUGCUCACUUCUUAGGAUGGUACAUCAAGACCUUGAUGAUUCGGGACUGGUGGAUGUGUAUGAUCAUCAGUGUUAUGUUUGAGUUUCUGGAAUACAGCCUGGAACACCAGUUACCUAACUUCUCAGAGUGCUGGUGGGACCAUUGGAUCAUGGAUGUAUUGGUGUGUAAUGGUCUGGGGAUCUACUGUGGUAUGAAGACACUGGCCUGGUUGUCGAUGAAGCCCUACCAGUGGCAGGGCCUGUGGAACAUUCCCACUUACAAAGGUAAAAUAAAGCGCAUCGCCUUCCAGUUCACCCCAUACAGCUGGGUGAAGUUUGAGUGGAAGCCUGCGUCUAAUCUUCGUCGCUGGCUUGCUGUGUUAGGCAUCAUCUUCAUGUUCCUCCUAGCAGAGUUGAACACUUUCUACCUGAAGUUUGUGUUGUGGAUGCCUCCAGAACACUACCUCGUGCUUCUCCGCCUGGUCUUUUUUGUUAACGUAGGAGGAGUAGCAAUGAGAGAGAUCUACGACUUUAUGGAUGACCCGAAAUUCCACAAGAAGCUUGGCCAGCAGGCGUGGCUCGUAGCUGCAAUCACAGUGACUGAGUUUCUCAUAGUCGUCAAGUAUGACCCCAACACCAUCAUGCUCCCCAUCCCCUUCUUCAUCAUCCAGUGCUGGAUCUUAGGCAUCAUUCUCAUAUUUACAUGGACCCUGUGGCGGUUCUUCAUUCGUGACAUCACACUCCGCUACAAAGAAACCCGUCGGCGCAAACAGGAAGGCCCUCUGGGAAACGGCAGCCCGUCUACUCCCUCUGGGCGGAGCAAACUCAACGGCAGCUCGGAGACGCUGCGGCAGAGGAAGUCCUGAGGGGGAACGAAGGGUGGAGCUGGGGAACGACGAGGUUUAGUAAGGCAGAGGGGGGGGCGAUGAACGAAAAAAGGAGAAAAAAUAAUGAAGAAAAGUCAUGACAAAACAACACACGUAAGGCAAACAGAUGGACACGUCGGCUGUAUGUGCAGCGUAGACUGUUCUUGUGCCUACAUGAAUCAAGUAGAUAUUCAACAGGUGAAAGGGGCGGUCUUUAGUAGGUGAUACUGUCUAGUUAAUGUCAUGCUACAGCGAUUUACCUCAUUCUAUUUUUAAAUAUUUGGGGAGCUAUACACAGGAGAUACAUUUUGUGUUAUUUAUACGCGAGUUUGGAUGUGGGGUGAUGAUGAGGAAGAAAAGAAAAAGCUGGAUAGAUAGACCAAGUUUUCAUUUUCUCAGCUGCACUUUGUUGUAGAAAACACGAGGAGUGUCAGGAAUAUGUCCGCCAAUGUGCUAAUGUAAAUAUGCUUUGUUGUGUGUUGUGGUGUCACGAGUGCAGGUGAGAAAAGGGAGAGCAGUUAGAGCAGCGGUAGGAGUAUAUGUAAGUGUAAUGACUGAUCUGGAUUUGUUUUUUGUUUUAGUCCACUGCUAUGCAAUCUUAAGUAUCAACCUAGCAUUUGGGCACAACAUUGUCAAGCAGCAGUAAUAACAGUACAUUUCUCUCAGCUUAAACUGUCGACUUCUUCAGGUGAAGUCGGAUUAAAAUGGUUGUCGAUUCCUUUUUUUUUUUUUUUCUUCUUUUUUUAAGGUUUAGAAUGCUCUAGAUUUUCUUCUAGAAUCAUGAUACAUUGUUUACACGUUGGAGACGAAACCAGCUCUUUAUUUACUUAUAGAAGUUUGUCAUUCCUAGAAAUACUGAGCCUUGAGGUCCUUAAUGGAACUACUGGGGAUGCUCCCUCGGUCCAAUAGAGAGGAAAACUGGCCAAAGCCCUUCACUCCUCUCAGGCUUUGUUCUCAAAAAGAACAAGUUUAUUAAAAUAAAAAAAGAAAAAUGAAAAUGUACCAUAUUCUAGGUAUUUAUCUGGUGAUAUAGAGAUAUAUAUAGAAUAUAUGGGAUAUAGUUUGGGUGUCUUUUGUAGAUGUUUUGUUAUUAUUGUUAUUUCUUUAGGAUAUAUUAGUUCUGAACACUAGAUUGUACUUAAUUUGUUAAAUGAGGUACAGAGAAAUCUGCAGCGCUCAAAUGAACACAUCCACGACAAUCACACUAAAACAAAGCUGUGCUCAGUUUGGAGGCGUGUUGGCUCAUACACAGCACAUUAACUAUGGACAGAGUUCUGGAUGUUCCUCUAACAGGGCUGUAAUUAAGGCGGAGCUCAGCUGACGCCACAUUCAGUCACACCAGAAUGUGAUUUAAUAUCAGAUUCCUUUUAAGCCAAAAGUUUUUUUGUUGUUUUUUUUUUUUUAAACUCAUGAAUUUUAUUCAAACCUCACACUCGGUGUUUGCUGAAUGAGCUGAAGCAAAACAAGCGCCAGUCUCAACCCGGAGAAACAAAUGAUAGUUUAGGUUUCGCUGUGUGCCGGUUUGGGAAAGGGUUAACCUUUCCAGCUCUGUGGGAGUUGACAUAUUGCACAUGCAAUCAGCCAAAGCUUAGAUCUCAUUCUCGCUUAAGCCAUAAAUGCCACCCAGACCCACUCGAGCCGCUUACGCAGCUAUAAACCCUUAUUUAGACUCAUCUCAUUUCAACUAAAGCAGACUUCCAAAGGAAUCAGGUUCAGUGACGUCAGCGUAUUGUAACAAGAUCAGGAGGUCAGAAUACUGAAACCAAAGUUAGUUUGUGGAGAUAUAAAAAUAAAUAAAAUAUGGAAAUGUAAUCACCAAUAUUUAACCUAAAAUAAUGAACACCAGGUAUGUAAAAGCUGAUUUUAUUUGCAAUCAUGAAGUUGUUAAAUGUUGUGAAUUUAUACAAAUCGAUAGCUUUACAUAAAAAAGUCAUGGUCAAAUUUAAGGUUGAUGUCAACAUUUUUUUUUCUUUUUAUAUAAUCCAGAUGUUCCCAGAAAUACGCCUGAUUUAGAUCUCGUAGUCGUUAUUAUCUGUCGUAAAACGUGUGUUUCUUCUUGUGUGGUUACCUGCCACAGAACUGAUGAAAAAGUAGAUGAAUCUGAAUCUAGUUCAGAUGUGCUGUUGUAAACUAGGCUAAUGUUAACGCUAUAGUAACUUUCUUGUGAAUGUAAAAGCAAAAUCUGCUGUUCAAAUUGGAGGGUCUGCUUAAUAUUUAUCAUUUCUCCCUCUUUGGCCACAUGCACAUGCUUUUUCUUAGUUAGUGCUCGCAUACUUACCUUCUUUUGUUUUCAGAGAUUGCUGUGCAAACCUUAAAAAUUCUCUUUAGCUGUUAUGUCAUGGUUUUACUCUUCAUUCUGUGAUGAUUCAGUCACUUCGCAACUGGGCAGAAGUUCAGAAAGUUUCCUCUUUUCUUUGAUUCUGGGGAUACACUGUGUGACGUUCAUGUUCGCAGCUUGAAUAGGCUGAAGCACUUUUGUUUGGCAUCAUCGAAGUCCAGCCAUUCCAGGUCAUGCUUUUCCUUAAGUGUGUUGAGAGGGUUAUUGUAUUUUGACUUGCAGCCACACGGGGGCAGUAAAGGACCUGUUACUGUAUCUGCCCUGUGCAUUCUAGUCUCUUUGACUAUGAUCAUUGGAAACUUGCUGUAAAAGCCAUUUUUGACUCGGUUUGUGUAAAAUGUGAACAUGUUAUAGAUCAUAAACUGAAAUAUGCUGCUGCAACACAUAAUUUUAUAAUGUUUUCAAUAAAAUAAAAUGAAAACCUGAA